AUGAAAAAUUAUUAUUUAAAUUCUAGUGAAAGAGGGAUUAAAAAAGUUAAUAAUUUGUUAUUAUAUGAUCAACCAGAAACUGUCUAUGGAUAGUUAUUAUUGAAUUAAACAAAUUUACCAUCAAAAAACAAGAAAUAAUUUAAAGAAAUUUAACCGCUCAAACUAUUGGAUGCCCCUAAUGUUACAUAAAACUCUGAAUAUCAGUUAUUAGAUUGGUCAUCUUAAGAAAUCAUAUUCUUAGGAUUGAAAGAGAACUUGUUUGCUCGUAAUUUUAAAACAGGAAUUACAUAAUUAAUAACUUAAUUAGAAGAUGGAAUAUUAACGAGUUUAUGCUCUCAAGGAGAACUAAUAGUUUAUAGUACUUCGAAUGGAGAUCUUAUUGUUAUUGAUUCUGAUUAGAAAUAAGUAUUGUAAACUUAUUAACUGAAUGACAUUACAAGAAUGAUUUGUUUUAAUGAUUGUAUUUUGUGUUGUGCUACAGUUAAUAAUGGUAUUCUAUACAUUGAUCUCCGAUAAAAUAAAUAUAUUUAUCGAAUCGGGACAUUGGUGGAUAUCUAUUCUGUCAGUUUAAAUGAUAAUUUAUUAGCUGCAGGAACUCUAAACAAAGUAUGUAUCUAUGAUAUACGUAAACCAUAAAUACUAAUUGCAUAAUACAAUUAAGAUGGUAGAGCUCUGGCUUGGGAUAAAAGAAAAUAGAACUAUUUAUGUGCUGGUGGCCUAGAUUAAAAAAUAACAAUAUGGAAUACUGAAACAGAAUACAAUCCAUAUCGAUUAAAUGCUGAUUUUGCAAUUACUUAAAUUGUAAGUACAAAUACUUAGUUGCUUUAUUGUGCUGGAAAUAAAUGCUACAACGGUAAUAUUGUUAUGAAUAGACAUUAAGAAAAAAUUCUAAGGAUUGCAACUUCAACCGAUCAAACCUAAUUAUGUUCAUUAGGAGCUGAUGAAUUAUUAAUUUUCUGGUCCUUAAUUAAUUGA